AUGGAUAUGCUCCGCGCUUGCGUCCUGUGCGCCGCUCUCCUCAGCCUCUCCAAGGCUUUUACGCACCAGGAUAUGAAGGAUGCGCUCCUGCAGAAACUCGGGCUGGAUGAAGUUCCUAAAAUCCAAAAGAGGGAUUUGGAGAACCUGGUUGUUCCAGCUCAUAUCCGAAAUAAGUAUGUGUCCAUGCUGAAGAUGCACCACAGCAGGAAGCGCAGGUCUUUGCCCAGUCUGGCUGGCAUUCUGAGAGGAAUCCCUGGCAAUGCAGACAUCUCCGGGGAGUUUGUGUACUCUGACACGACUCGGCAUCGCAUGUUGUUCGACAUGGAGGCGCGGAUCCCGGACAACAGCGAAGUGACCAUGGCGGAGCUGAAGCUGUUCCAGCGGGCCUCGCAUCAGAAGCGAUUCACGGUGGAGAGGAAGGCCCACCGCGCCGUGAACAACGCCCGGGUCAGCAUAUACUGGGUGGAGGUUCUGCCUGAUGGAUCCAACCGAUCAUCUCUGGUGGACUCACGGUUGAUUCCCAUUCACGAGUCUGGCUGGAAGAGCUUUGAUGUCACCCAAGCGGUGCACUAUUGGUCCAAGACGCAGCAGAAGACGCCAAUGCACCUGGAGGUGUGGAUCGAGGGCGAGAGACCUGGCAGCUAUGCGGCAGAGGUGGCCAAGAGUGUGCGCUUUACCACCCAAGAGCAGACUGAGCACACCUCGGGGAAGCCUGAGCUCGUCCUCUACACCCUCAACCUCGAGGAGUAUGGCUCUCGCGGGGACUGCGAUGUAUACCAGAGCAAAGACACCUGCUGCAGGGAGCAGUACUUCAUCGACUUCCGGGCGCUCACUUGGACCCAGUACUGGAUCAUUGAACCCGCCGGGUACCAGGCUUUCCGGUGCACGGGGGGCUGCAAGCAGCCUAAACGCAACUUCGGCUACGGGGAGCGAAGGUGCACGGUGUCGGUGAGCGCACCGCUCCCCAUCAUGUACCUGGUAAAGAAAGGAGACUACACUGAAAUCGAAGUGGCCGAGUUCCCCAACAUGAUUGUGGAGAGGUGCGCAUGCACUCUGGACAAUACCUCCAUAGCAUGA